GCUCCAACUGAAUGGAAGAACUGACGGUACUGUAGCUGAAAACAUCCAAGCACGCGAAUGCCCUGUAGGCGGAGGACAAGCCGAAUCAGGGAUUUUUCAAUGUAGCGAAUAGAAAUUAGCUUCUGUAGACAGAGUGACACGCGAUCAAGAUGACGGGUUGGAAAUCAAUUAGAAAUGAGAUGUUAACCUGGACCAUGCUGGUGCUUUGUGCAGCGUCGAUUGGAUAUUGCCAAGAAACUCCUUCCUGUGGAAUAUGCCUAUGUGUUCUGUCAUCAGGGCAAAGAACUCUGGAAAGUUGCGCAUCACCACGUAAAGUAACAGUUCUAAUUCUGCAUAACGUUGGUUUAGAAGCGAUAAAUCCGUCUGCUUUCCCAAAUCAAACGAAUCAACUCCAAGAUUUGUACUUAGGAUCCAAUAAACUCACGAGCCUUCCUGAUAAUGUAUUUGAUGAACUAAUAAGCCUUAACCUACUGAAUUUGAGAAGCAAUCAACUCACGACCCUUCCUGAUAAUAUAUUUGGCAAACUGAUAAAUCUGAGAGAACUGCAUCUACAGUUCAAUCUAUUAACAUUCCUUCCUCCCAGUGCUUUUGAGAAGCUUUCUAAUCUUCAACAACUCGAUAUUAGUAAUAACAGACUCCUUGAUUAUCAACUAUGCGGUUUCCUCCCAAUAAAGCAUCAGAUCAUCAACUUCGGCACACUCCGAAAUCCCCUCGACCACCUCAACGCAUCCUUUUGUUCCAUGAACUGUUCAGGUGCACAACAAGCUCGGCCAGUCUGCGAUGGGCUUAAUUUUUGUACUGGCACUUUCUCUAACUAUACAUGUAAUUCAUGCCAACCUUCCACACAGGCUGGAGCAGGGCUGCCAGGAUUUAAAGGAAUUACCGGAAAUGGAACAACACUGUGUCAAGCUGGAUUUUAUUCCGAUAAACAAGUGACAUGUUCAGCCAAUGGUAUAUUGCAGCCGGCUAAUUGCAUAGCCUAUAAUUGUUCAGUAAGACUAACUAGUGGUAUCUUCACUGGUGCAGCACCGUUCUUCAGUGCUAUGUGUGACGAUGGAUAUCAGAUUAUUGGGAACAGAAAUGUUACAUGCUUGACCGCUGUAGCAACAACAACUCAACCUAAUUGCAAACGCAUCAUGUGUCCAGCUGAUCCACCGUCGAUUGCUAAUGGUUACAUCAGCGCAGUGUUUUCUAGUUUUUUUCCCGGAGAUACAGCGAAGGCAUCAUGCCUUCCAGGAUAUCAGCGAACAGGAGCAGCGGCAAUCACCUGUGACAAGAGCGGACAAUGGCCUACAGGAGUUUCUCUUCCUUCAUGCAAAUUGAUAUCCUGCACUUUACCCCGCCCACCUUCAAAUGGUUCAAUUGUUAGCAGCUCGACUUCUCCUGCUGGCCUGACCGUCUUUGCAUGCAACAAAGGUUAUAAACUGAAGGGUAGCAGUGUCACUUUAUGUUUGUCGAAUGGAAAUUUAUCAAAUCCAACACCGACGUGUUCAAGAGUCUCUUGCUCACUUUUGACUCAUCCCACAAAUGGUUCAGUUUCUCCAGGAGAUAACAACUUUGAAACAAUUAGAAGCUACACUUGUAGCGACGGAUUCAAGUUGAUUGGUUUUGCUACAACUACUUGUCGCUUUAAUGGAAUUUGGUCCGCACCUCAACCAACUUGCCAACUAAUCACAUGUCCAGCUGUUCUGCCGUCGAUUGCUAAUGGUUACUUCAGUACAGUGUCGUCUAGCUUUACGAUUGGAGGUACAGCAAACAUAUUGUGCCUUGCAGGGUACCAGCGAACAGGAGCAGCAGUAAUCACCUGUGACAGUAGUGGACAAUGGCCUACCAGCGAUUCUCUUCCAUCAUGCAAAUUGAUAUCCUGCCCUUCACCUAGCCCACCUUUCAAUGGUUUAAUUGUUAGCAGUUCUACUUCUCCUAAUGGUGUGACCGUCUUUGCCUGCAAUAAAGGCUAUAAACUGGCGGGCAGCAGUGUCGCUGUAUGUUUGACGAAUGGAAAUUUAUCAAACUCUGCGCCAACAUGCGCAAGAGUCUCUUGUUCACUUUUGACACGUCCAAGAAAUGGUUCAGUCUCUCCGGGAGAUAACAACUUCGAAACAAUUCGAAACUACACUUGUAGUGACGGAUUCAAGCUGAUUGGUUUUGCUACAACUACAUGUCACUUUAAUGGAGUUUGGUCCGCCCCUCAACCAACUUGCCAACGCAUCACAUGUCCCACUGUUCUGCCGUCGAUUACUAAUGGUUACAUAAGCACGGUAUCUUCAAGUUUUAUGAUUGGAGGUACAGCGAACAUAUCAUGUCUUCCAGGAUAUCAGCGAACAGGGACAACAGCAAUUACCUGCAACAGUAGUGGACAAUGGCCUGACAGUGAUUAUCUUCCUUCAUGUAAAUUGAUAUCCUGCGCUUUAUCCAGCCCACCUUCCAAUGGUUUAAUUGUCAGCAGUUCUACUUCUCCUAAUGGUAUGACCGUCUUUGCCUGCAACAAAGGUUAUAAACUGAUGGGCAGCAGUGUCACUGUAUGUUUGACGAAUGGAAAUUUAUCAAACCCUGCGCCAACAUGUGCAAGAGUCUCUUGUUCACUUUUGACUCAUCCAAUGAAUGGUUCAGUCUCGCCCGGAGAUAACAGCUUUGAAACAAUUCGAAACUAUACGUGUAAUGACGGGUUCAAGUUGAUUGGUUUUGCUACAACUACAUGUCGCUUUAAUGGUGUUUGGUCUGCACCUCAGCCAACUUGCCAAAGCAUCACAUGUCCAGCCGUUCUGCCGUCGAUUGCUAAUGGUUAUAUAAGCACGGUAUCUUCUAGCUUUACGAUUGGAGGUUCAGCAAACAUAUCAUGUCUUCCAGGAUAUCAGCGAACCGGAGCACCAGCAAUUACCUGCAACAGUAGUGGACAAUGGCCUACCAGUGAUUCUCUUCCUUCAUGCAAAUUGAUAUCCUGUGCUUUGCCCAGCACACCUUCCAAUGGUUCCGUUGUUAGCAGCUCGACAUCUCCUGCGCCUGACCGUCUUUGCAUGCAACAAAGGCUACAAACCGGUUGGAAACAGUGUCACUGUAUGUUUGAUGAAUGGAAAUUUAUCAAACUCUGCGCCGACAUGUGCAAGAGUCUCUUGUUCAUUUUUGGCACAUCCACAAAAUGGUUCAGUCUCGCCCGGAGAAAACAGUUUCGAAGCAACUAGAAACUUCACUUGUAACGAAGGAUUCAAAUUGGUUGGUUUUGCCACAAUCACAUGUCUUCUGCAAGGAGUUUGGUCUGCACCUCAGCCAACUUGCCAACCUAUUGAAACAUGCCCAGCCCUGCGGUUUGAGAACGGAAUUACUCCCGCAACCAACACUAGAGUUGG